CCAAAAACCGGACGGAUUCAACCACAUUUCCAAAAAAAAAGCUAUCGGAUCUCGAUCUUCAGCCACCACCACUAGUAGUACACUACUACUACAAACAGCCCUUUGCCUUGCUCCGGCGAGACUUCGGCCAGCAAACAGCUUUCGGAGGAACAAAGACUCGGGUAGGGCAAUACCAUUUGCCCUGUUGGGACGCCACCGCUACUGCGAGAACGGAAAAGGGGUAGACACACACAAGGAAGCUAUUCACUUUGCCAGCGCCAAACAUGGUGGAAUUUGGCAAGCAGGCGAGGAUCAUGACCCUGUUGGGCAUCGAUGUCGUCUUUUUCCUCGUCGAGAUCAUCGUCGGAUACUCUGUCGGAUCACUGGCCCUCGUCGCUGAUUCUUUUCACAUGCUCAACGAUGUCAUGUCUCUAGUCGUGGCCCUAUAUGCGGUCAAGCUGUCGCAAAGCGGACAAGAAAAACGCGAUCCCCGAUACUCAUAUGGUUGGCAGCGAGCUGAGAUCCUGGGCGCACUUAUCAACGGCGUCUUCCUCUUGGCACUGUGCUUCAGCAUCUUUAUGGAAGCCCUGGAGAGGAUGUUCAACGUGUCUGAGGUCAAAAAUCCGCGCCUCGUUGUUGUUGUCGGGUCGCUUGGUCUGGCUUCGAAUAUCGUCGGUCUCUUUCUCUUCCAUGACCAUGGUCACUCUCACGGUGGAGGCCACUCCCACUCGCACAGCCACGGCGGCGAGGUGGCCGAUCACGCUGACGGCCACGCCCACAACGGCCACGCUCAUGACCACGACGGGGGAAACAAGAGCAAGGCAUUGCCGAAUGCCGAGACCGGGCAAGAUCGUGAGCGCGCAGCCUCGACGAGCACUACGUCGACGGCCAUUGAGGAACAGAGCGCCAGACGGGCUAGAGCAGACAGUGUUGAGAGUCUCUAUGUCCACCCAGCUCAGACGAGGGCUGCCGUCGUACGGCAGGCACACGACCUCGGAUACGACAGCUCGGCACCAAGCUCUAGCUCAGCUGGACACGGUGAUUCAGAACGCGACCGCCUGCUACACAGGACAGCGGGCGCCAAGGGUUACGGCACCUCGUCGGACGGUCAUGGACACAACCAUGACCACGCCCACGACCACGAUGAUGAAUACGACCACGACGUGGAAUCGGGCGACGCGAAGAAGAAAGGUGGCUUUAUGGGCGGCAUCUUCAAGCGCAACAAGGGCAAAAGCUCGGAGCAUGACCACUCGCACGGGGGCGGCGGCGGACAUAGCCAUGCCCACGGCCACAGCCACGGCGGCGAGGGGAGCAUGAACAUGCAGGGUGUCUUCCUUCACGUCCUAGGCGAUGCCCUCGGCAACGUCGGUGUCAUUGCGUCCGGUCUCUUCAUCGCCUUCACGAGCUACUCGUGGCGCUACUAUACCGACCCAGCGAUCAGCUUCCUCAUCACCAUCAUCAUCUUCCACUCUGCGCUGCCGCUGGUCAAGUCGGCAAGCUUCAUCCUGCUCCAGGGCGUGCCCAGCUCUGUGCCCCUCGAGGCUGUUCGGUCGGCCCUUCUCGAGGUCGACGGCGUUCUCAGCGUCCACGAGCUCCAUAUUUGGCAGCUGAGCGAGCAAAAGAACGUCGCCUCAGUCCACGUCCUCGUCGAUGUCGAUGAAGCCGGCCUGUCGACGCCGUCCGCUGCGCCAGAAGCCGGUCCGGACCAGGUGGACGCCCUUGGCGGCGAAGGCGGCCUGGCGAUCCCCCAGGAGCACAAGUACAUGUCGAUUGCAGCCCAGAUUCGAGGCAAGCUCCACACGUUCUCUAUUCACUCGAGCACCAUCCAGCCCGAGUUCGUGCGUGGUGGUAUGCGAGGGGCUGCGAAAGCUCACGGCGUUGAGAUCGACGAGAGCACGAGCGAUCAGAAGGGCAAACUUGUCACGACGAAGGGAGAGACGGUGCAGAGCCAACUCUUCACAAACGAGACGGCCUGCCUCAUCAGCUGUGGGCCUGACGGUGAUUGCGUGGAGGCAGCCUGCUGCCCACCCGUCGAGACAUCCAGACGCAAUUCUGGCUCGGGUAUCGUCAAGUCCUCGUCUGCCUCGACAAAGAGCAGGUAGUUGAUACUCCCCUUCUACCUAGCUCAAUACCCCUGCAGACCUCUCUUCCUUCCUUAAAUACUUCGUUAGAAGACCUCCGAACACCUUAAUGAAUCGAGAUUAAUGUCUUCUUGUGUUGACGUCUUUAUUGUGAUUAGGAUGAUUCUACAGUACAAAUGCCAAAAUACAUGCGCCUGCCAAUGACGCUUUUCCUUUCAUCGACCAUUGGCAUGCAAGACUGGCCUUCGAGACUCGAGCCGGGAAAGCUCCUUUGCCAGCGCUUCGUCGCGGCCCUGCCGUUCCAGCACCUCAUUGGCCCUCUUUGCUCUGGCCCAGCUCUCCACGGCGUCUUUCAGCUGGCCAAUUCUCGACUCGACGUCUUGUGUCUGUUCCGAUAGGGCCGACAGGGUGCGAGUCUGCAGCUCUCGUUGCACCUCGAAUUCGGCACUUUUGAGUACGUUCCAGUCGGCGUGACGCUUGC